UCCCACACAAUUAAUUAUCCGCAGUCAAGUGAAGUCAACCUCAAAAUAGAUGGAGAUUAAUGUCUCUACAUAUUGAUUUUAUUCCUGUCGGAAAAGCUAAUGAUGUCAAAAAUCAAAUGCACUACAAUCUCAGACCACUCUCCUUAUUCCUUCCCUAGAUUUCUGUGUUCAAUUCCCUACGCACACUCUUGAGUCGUCUGAGUUGAUCAAGCCAGAGAAUUCCCCCGCCGCCUUAAAUGGGCAGCAAAAUGAGCAGGCCAAGUCGCAGCAGCAGCACCCGCCACCCACCACCGGCAGCUGACCCACCAGCUCGAACAAUCUCAAACCCCAAUUUUACUUUCAAUUCAGACGCGCAUACCAUAAAUCCUUCAGACGCCGAUCUCCGCUCAUAUGAAGACGCCUGCCGCGCCGAUCCCGACCUCCAGACCUUCGACUCCACCCUCCAGCUCCGGACCAGCCGCGCUAUUAACUCCAUCGCCGUCGGCCUCGAGGUCCGCUCCCUCUCCCUCGAUUCCCUCCGCGAAGUCACUGAAUGCCUCCUCGAAAUGAAUCAAGAAGUUGUCAAAAUCAUUCUCCAAAACAAAAAGGACAUCUGGAAAAACCAGGAGUUGUCCGAUCUCGUCGACGAUUACUUCGAGAACAGCCUAUUAACCUUGGAUUUCUGUACUGCCCUCGACGCCUGCCUUAAACGCGCCGGCCAUAUCGAGUCAAUUAUCAAUGUCGCCCUCCGGAAGUUCGACGAAGAACAUUGUACAUUUGCCGGAGAAGGGUCUGCGAAGAAUUACUCGAGAACUUUGGAGGAAUUGAGGAAUUUUAGAUUGGCAGCGGAUCCGUUCACGCAGGAGUUUUUUAGGGUUUUCAGUUCAGUUCAUUCUAAGCAGAUUACGAUGUUGGAGAGAUUGCAAGCAAAGAAGAAGAAGCUGGACAAGCAGUUGGGGAAACUAAAGGUAUGGAGGAAAGUCUCCAAUGUGAUAUUCAUAGUCACUUUUGCCUCCGUGUUGAUAUGCUCAGUGGUGGCGGCGGCAGUCACCGCUCCGCCGGUGGUGACCGCUCUGGCGGCGGCCGCAGCCGUGCCGCUAGGUUCAAUGGGGAGAUGGCUCAACUCACUUUGGAAGAAUUGCGAAAGGGACUUGAGGGGGCAGAGGGACAUAAUUAGUUCAAUGCAGAUUGGGAGUUACGUUGUCAUUAAGGAUUUGGACAGCAUAAGGGUGUUAGUGGACAGGUUUCGAGUCGAGCUUGAGGCACUGUUGGCGAAUGCUGAAUUCGCAACGAGGGAGGAGGCGGCGGUGGUGAUCGCAGUGGAGGAGAUCAGAAAGAAGGUCAACGAGUUUAUCAAGACUAUCCAUGAUUUGAGUGAACACGCGAAUAAAUGUACUCAAGAAACGAGGAUGGCAAGGACUUUGAUACUGCGGAGGAUUAUCAAUCACCCCAGCAGCUUGAAUCAGGACACUGGUAUGUUUUCGUGAUGCCUGAGGUUGUUUGCUGCUAAA